UCAUUCCUAGGGAAUGACAUUGUUUCCUUAUCUGGCUGAAUUCGGUCUGCGAAGGAGGACUGCUGUUUCUAAUAAAGGAGCUCCACCCUCAGCCACUGCCACAGCUGCUCGGUCGAAAACAAGGGCAAAGCAUUGUCCCUCUUUGAGCAUCUCCAACAUGGAUGCUUUUCGGGGCAUUUUAAAAUUCUUCCUUAACCAGAAAACCGCUAUCGGCUACAGUUUCAUGGCUCUGCUGACUGUGGGAAGUGAGCGUCUCUUUUCAGUCGUAGCUUUUAAGUGCCCCUGCAGCUCUGAGAAUAUGGUCUAUGGGCUGGUGUUCCUCUUUGCUCCUGCCUGGGUGUUACUAAUCCUGGGACUCUUUCUGAGCAACAAGUCAUGGAGACUCUUCACAGGCUGCUGUGUGAAUCCCAGGAAAAUCUUCCCCAGAGGCCACAGCUGCCGCUUCUUCUAUGUCCUCGGUCAGAUCAUUCUGAGCUCAUUGGUGGCUCCUGUGAUGUGGCUGUCUGUGGCUCUGCUCAAUGGAACUUUUUAUGAAUGUGCCAUGAGCGGGACGAAAAGUUCAAGACUCCUGGGAAUGAUUUGCAAGGGCAAGCCUAAAGAGUGCUGGGAAGAACUUCACAAAGUACCUUGUGGCAAAACCAGCACGCUAUCCAUGGACAAUGAAGAAUUGAAACUGUCCCUUCAGGCCCAAUCUCAGAUUCUAGGAUGGUGCCUGAUAGGUUCAGCAUCUUUCUUCUCUCUGCUUACCAUUUGUUAUGCUCGCUGCCGAUCUAAAGUUAGCUAUCUUCAGCUGAGUUUUUGGAAGACAUAUGCACAAAAGGAGAAGGAGCAGCUGGAAAAUACAUUUCUGGACUAUGCCAACAAGCUGAGUGAGAGGAACCUGAAAUGCUUUUUUGAAAACAAAAGGCCAGAUGUCAUUCCCAUGCCCACUUUUGCCGCCUGGGAGGCUGCUUCAGAGCUGCAUUCUUUCAACCAGAGCCAGCAACACUACAGCACCCUCCACAGGGUGGUGGAGGAUGGUCUGGAACUUAGCCCUGAGGAGGACGAGACGACAAUGGUCCUUGUGGGUUCUGCCCACAAUAUGUAGCUCAUUCACCAUCACUGACUCGUGGUGUCGAGUGGUACACUAAUUCUGAGAUCCUCCGACUGUAUCAACAGCAACCUGUGUAUCUCUGUAGUUUUUUACAUUUAAGGUUUUUUUUUUACAAGACAGUAAUACAAAGGAAAUUGCUUUGAAGCUCUCAAGUGCAGUGUCACGAUGUGCUCAAAUUG